CAGAGGCCUCAGUUGUGUUCCAGUAUUUGAGGAGUGAGAAUCGUUAAAGUUAAAAUUAUAUUAAAUAUCAUCAACUGUUUUUUCAAAUUUCCACUGAAUAUGGAAUUUAAUUUAAAAAACCCAGUGAAUUACUAGACAAUUCUAUUAAUUUCCUAUUGAUCUUGUUAUCAAUAUUUUCAGGAAAGAAUUUUUUUAUCGACAAAGUUAGAACGAUUACAUUUUUCUCUCAAAUAUUUUCUCACACCCCAUUGAAACUUCACAAAAAAUACCGUAAAAUGUCUUAACAAAUUCUGUAAAUUUUCCUUUAAAAAAAUAAGUGCGUUUUCACAUAUAAAGUAAAUAAAACAAUAAUACAAUAAAUAAAUAAUAAAAUAAUCGAUCUACACAAUAGAUAACAGAUAGCAAAAUCAUAUUAUCUCCUCAUCCCCCUGAUGCAUCGACCAUUUCCAUCAAUUCCCGAUAAUUAAUUACCUCAGAAAAUUAGUUUUCUAAUCACAAUUUCACCCGGAAAAAUUCGUAUAACAGCGAAUUACCGACACUAUUUACGUUAAAAACGAGUGAAAAACGCGGUUCUCCGGCUCUGCCAGAUGGCGAUAACGAAGUGAACUUCUCUCGUAUCUCUACGUGACCCUAAACCCUUGAUUACAGACGAAUCAACGAAAUCGAGAUGUUGAGAUCAAACUCCUGAUAAAUUCGACUCUCAAUUAUAUUUACAUUGUCAACUUCGUAAAGACAGACGAAUCGACGAGUUCGGUGCCAUCCGACUAAUUAAUGAGAGUAAAUUAACAUUUAUUUCAUCUCGAGAUAUUAAAUUUCGUGCAGAAACAUAUUUCAUCACUAGUCGUCGAUCGAUCAGUGAUUUAGCCAUGACGAGCAAGAUGAAAAAAUUUUUAUCGAGCAAGGAAACGCGAGACUGGCUCACGAGCACACAUUUCUGGGGACCGGUCAUGAACUGGAUGAUACCUUUGGCUGCCAUUGCUGAUACACAGAAGAGUCCGAGUAUUAUCAGUGGAAAAAUGACUCUAGCGCUGACUCUGUAUUCACUAGUUUUCAUGAGAUUUGCGUUCAAAGUUCAACCGAGAAAUCUGUUGUUGUUUUCGUGUCAUUUCACAAAUAUGGGAGCUCAAUUAACUCAAGGCAUGAGAUUCAUUAAUUAUCAUUAUGUACAACCGAAGAAGACUGGAAAUGAUUGAGUGCAAAUAUACACAACAAAAAAUUGGGAGCAACAAAACCUCCCUCUCGGUAACAAAAUGGUCUCAGUUCGAUGAAAAAAGUCACCAACCCCUCAGCAGUAUUGAAAAAAUAUCAGAUAAAAAAUAGUCAAUUGAAUACUUUUUUCUGAAUACUUUUUUCAUUGGAAAAAAAAAAUCUUUGGGUGGAAAUGAAAGGAGAAGUUACCCUUCCCAGCGGGCAUCAAUUUUUUUUUUCUACCCUCAGCUCUCUCUCCCCCUUAUCUCACGAAUUCAGAGUAGCGAAUUAUUCGACGUGCCUCGAUCCGGUGGACGAAUGUAUAAGGACAGCAAUAAUUUUCUCCAAGCCACAUGCGUAUACCUAGACUGGUGGUGAAGGAGCAGAGGGGGUGGAUGUAAACGCAUAUACGAUACUAUGGACGAUUGGGGUGGAACCGACGUUCGACCGGCUGUGGGGUCACUUUAUGGGCUCUCGCAUUGAGAAUAUAUCUAUCCCCAUUGCUUUUCGUAUUCCUGUUUUUCCGAAAUGCUAAGCUACUUCGUCUGCUUCUCCUGCCCCUUUUGCCUAUAAAACUCAUCCCCUCGCAUCCCUCCCCUCCUGCUCGUUUGAGGGCGGGGGGACCCGUUGAAUAAAUAUAUAUGAGCUUAUUAACUGAGUUGUAGAGGACUUUUUAUGGGAAAUAAAUAUUAUUGAGUUUU